AUGUUCUGGGAAAACGCUACCCUACCCCCCGAAAUAACAGAGGAAACGACUCUUGAGGAGUUCCUGGACGACGAUUACGUUGUUCAGCGGGUUGUAUCUCGAAGCACAAACGCUAUAAAAUAUCUUUUAAGCGAGGAUCGAAUAUCACGUCUUAUAGAACUGGUGACUGAUCAGUCCAAUAUCACAUUUGAUGCAGUGCGAUUCAAACGACCAUCGGUUGCUGCAGAACUGCUGUCUAGUGACGUUCCGCCGUUACUAGAUUUCAUCAUUUCUCCGGGAGAGAAACCAGAAAAAACCGACGCCUCUGCCACCGCCUCCACUGACGUCGACAACUGCGUCGGCUCGUCCGAUCCUCCCUUCUCCAUGCCAUGCGUGGACCGUUUGCUUGACUUUAUUGACACUGCACAGCCCCUUAAUUCCCUUUCUGCUAGCUUUUUCUCCAAGAUCAUGACAAACCUCCUCUAUUUCAGAGCCAAUGAGGUCGCAAGUUUGGCUGUUAUACUGCUCCCGGCGUGCCCCCCCCACACACACACACACGCCACAUUGGCCAUGCCAGUUCACGUCUUCUGUCCACCGUCCAGCGCACGUGUGAUGAGCAGGCCACAGGACAUGCGCGAACGCAUUAACCCCCUAUACGACUGGUUUGUUGUCCUAUCGGCCUGGAUGCCGUGGCUCCACAACGUGCAACAGCUUCUGCGCAAUCUCUUAAUGGCUUUUGUGGUUUUCGACUCGGCUCGCCUAGGUUGUGCCUUACCUCCAAAAGCGGACGGAUUUUCUGCCGAAUUUGCUGCGCCACAUCGGCACCUCGGCGAUUUGCGACCUGCUCAUCGACCUGGCACAGCAGGACAACGGUCAGCAGCACACCGUCGCUCAAGUCGACGGCUCCGUGGGAAAGACACGUAUCACGUUUUCCUUGUCACAUGGUUCCUCGAUUGCAACAUCAUCGCACAACUCCUCAGUGCCCUGUCGCCCUCCUCACCGCUCGAGCGCCAGGAGUAUUCGGCUCGAUGCCUCGUCGAAUUGAUGUCAGUCUACAGGAACUACGUUGCUGUAAACGCUCCGGAACCACCCGCCGGCCACAAAGUCGGUGACGGCGCGGAAGUCGUCGAGUCUCCAGACACCUCCAACGCCUUCGACUCCGAGAAGGAGCGAGUGAUGUUCGAAAGGGCGCUUGCCGUCUUGGACGAAUUCGAGAGCGAACACUUCCUCGGCGACGUAUUGGACCUAAUCGUGGAUGAUGCCUCCUCGUCACCAUCUCUGCGGUCGUUCGCCAUCGACGUCUUCCUCGCCUGCAUCGACAAGGGCAAAUCAAGCAACGGUCUGCCGCCUGGCGCGGGCGACGACUUCAAGGAGAACCCCAUUGGCAACCUCGCAGCCGGUCUGUUCAACGUCCAGGUCCCUGGCAUGAGUGGCUUCAUGAAUCGCCUCGCAACGAAGGCCAACUGCCCUCUCUUGAUGGCUCGGCUAAGACGCGUGGAGUCCACGGCGGCGGCAAUGGUGAUACCGCGUCUGCCCAAACUGUACAGCCUCCUACAAUCGUCUGAAUGCACGCGAUCGUCCGGUGUAGGUUUGGCGCGGUCUUGUCUCGCUUUGGACACCUUUGUCUACAUCCUCUCCCCCUUCAUUUACGUUUGUCUUCUCUUUUUCUGGCAGCAGCACUAUCUGGCGAUGCCGACAACAGUGGGCACCCUCUCUCCACCGCUGGGCAAGAGCCGUCUCGCAAUCGUCGAACUUGUCUCUGUGCUCUGCCAACUCGAAUAUGCGUCUUUGCGCGAGGCAAUCUGCCAGACCCGAUUUUUACCAUGCUUUAUGCAUCUUUUCGAAAGUUACCCUUUUAACACCCUCCUCCACAUGGCAGUGACCUCCAUGUUCAGGCACCUCUUCUCGUCACCCCAAGUUACUGCUUCAGAAGGCACUAAGGGCGAUAACGCGUCCACUCUGACUUCGCCUACGGAGAAUGCGAAUGGCUGCAGCUCACUUGACAAAACCCCCGAAGAGGCAAAUAAACAGGGUAGCGAGGAGGUCCCACGUGAGCGCAACAUCUUCGUUCAGCACCUCCUUGAGGACUGUCACGUGAUCGACUGGAUCCUGCGUCUUUCUUGCAUCCCUAACGAUAACCCUCCGUCAGCAUCAUCUCCCGUUUUGUUCGAUUUCCCCCCUGUUCCACACGGUUUGGUGGUAGGGGCGGGUGGUGUUGGUGGCUGUGUCCGUGCGCGUGCUUGCGCUCGCGUGAAUCUGCGCUGGCAGGGCAGUGGCGUAGCGUCUAUUUUUCCCUAG